GCUCGGUAUGUACACAGCAUUACAGGUUCACCAAUAAAGGGUCGCCACAGCGAAUCGUCUGCCUCCUGACCCCAUCGUCAGCACCCUCCUUAUACACAGCAAACGCCCUUAUGUCCCCCUUCUCUAUCCACACAUCUCUUUCCUUGGUCUUCUUCUAGGACUUUUUUUUCUGGUAGCUCCAAUCUCCAAAACCUCAGCAAACCAUCUCAAUUUGGCUUCACUACAUUUAUCUCUAAAGCAUCUACCCUAAUUUGUUCCUCUGAUGGAUUCAGUCCUGAACAUCUUCAGCUCUGCUGCCUCCUGACUUUUUCCCAGAGCCUCUAAACCAACAUGGCUGCUCUUUCCAACAUUCAACAACAUUAUUGAAAUUAUAAUAAUAAUAAUAAUAAUAGCAAAUAUUUGGCUUUUGUUUGAGGUUUUCUUGGGGUGGAAAAAGAUACAGCAGAGGGGAAGUUUGCACAGCUGUGGACAGUCACUGGGACAGAUGUGUUGAGUACAGACUCCUCUGAUGACACACCCUUUGUGUGUCAUGGUCUCUACUCAUCAUGUGGCUUCAUGACUUCUAUAAGUCUUCUCAGCACUAAAAAUAUCCCCCUUCAGCUUUCUAGUUGUGAUGCAGUUUACACUUAAUCUAACUUAAACCUUUUAUUUCAUGCUGCUCAUUAGUUUACUUAGCUGGUUUAAUGUGGGUUCAAUCUGUUUCUCCUCUCCUCGAAGGACUUAAAAUAAGUGUUAUCAUUUAAUCUAGUCAGAGAGCAGCCAAGAACCAAAGAGAAUUCGUCCGCAAGCACAAACACGCCUCCAGUUGCAAAAGAGUGGAACUCUGUGUGCUCUUGCAAGGUUUCUACUGAGCCACAAAAGGGGGCGGCGAAAUCUGACAAUUAAACAAUUAAAAUUUAUGACACGACGACGUCAAAACACAAGGUUUCAAAAUAGAAAAAAAAAACUGGACCAUAAAAGUUGUGUUGGAUUUAUUGCAGUCUUUUUAUGUGUGCAUUCACCAGUCAAUAUAAAAGAAAAGAACUGAAAGUGUGGCUCAUGUGUUUGCAGUGUCAGGGAGAAAAGCCUCAGCAAAGCAGGUUAAACUUUGAAUCUAAGAGUUUCCACCUCUUACAGCAAACAGGAACGAAGAGUGAGGAAAGGCGGGGAUGUCAAGUUGAGGCUCAUAUACAGUGAGUUCUUACAAACUCCAGUGCGGUGUCGACAGCAGUUUCUGUUGGACUGUUGGGGUUUGGAAUGUCGCAAGAGUGGUCUACAACAACCGUGCUGUGCGCCAGAGAUGGAACUGAUGAAUUCAAUGGAACUGCAGCCGUGACUAUGGGCCUUUUCAAUGGAUCCUUAUUUAGAGACAACUGUCCAGGGUUUCAAACUGAAGCUUCUUUUUCAGCAUUUGACAAACUGUUGGAGACAGGAGGUGCCCCUCCAGCCCUGCACUUUCUGUCUGUGAUCCUUUUGGCCUUGUGUCUGCUGUUUUCUGCCGGCAGCAUCCUCCUGUCGCUCUACAACAGUGUCAGCAACCCUUACCAGACAUGCAUGGGCUAUGUUGGAGUCUACGCCUGCAGCUCUCUCAGCGCUUGUUUGUCUGUGCUGGUCCUUAUCCUGUUCGUGAUAAAUGUCAGUGUGACCAACCUGGCAGAAGUGGUGGUUUUCACAUUUGUCAGUGAAGUGGAACUGGGUAAAAAAUCUGUAGAGAUGAAGGUUGGAUAUUACCUGGUCAUCCCUUACACGGUGCUCUCUCUGGUUGCCAUUGGCUUGAUCUACUUUUAUGAGCAUGCAGCCUACACGCACAAGCAGGAGCAAGAGAAACCCACAGAGGACGCUCCAAUGGAAACGAUGAUGUAUUAGGGUCACAGGGGGAACAUAGUCAGCUGUCGGCUGAUGAAUCGAUCAAUAUUCUCAGAGACAUUCAGCAGAGGAGCAUAAAACAUGAUGACGGUGAUGUGUUCAGGGAAAUGUGGACAUCCAGCUUGUUCCGUGAAGAAAAUCUGACAUGAAAAAUGCUCAUUUUACAACUGAAAUGUUUUAUCUUAAAUUAAAUAUUUGAACUGAACAGAUUUUGAGACGAUAAAUCAAUUUUGGUCUGUACAAAAUAACACUUUAUGUAUUUAUUUUGUGUGUGAACAAUGGAGUGGGUGCCAUAAAACAGUUUAUGGCACUAAAAAUAAAAAAAUCAACCAACCAACAGGCUUUAAAGUUAAACAAUUUUUAAUUAAAAAAAAUCUUGGAUACUUUCAGUGUUGCUGUACAACAUUUUACAUGUGAUUAUCAAACAUAGUGCAUCAAGAUAAUAGUUGUAUUUCAAACAUUUAUUUGCCUGUCAUUUGAACUUGAUUGAAUUUGCUGCCCUCUAUCGUUGACAUGAUGUAAAUGCACUUUCAAAACUACCAGGACCAAAAGUUUGUUUUAUUUGCUUUGCACUUUGAAAUUGUUUUUGUCAAAUAAAAAAUAUUAUUGAGGGA